UCGACUGCUCACUUUGCUGCGGCGCUUCAGACGCAACAGAACGCACGUAUCCUCUGCUCCGGAGAAUCGGAGAGAUGGCCUGGCUACCGAGCAGCUCGAACGGAGCGGACAACGCGGACGAACGGAGCACGGCCUCGAGCGGAUCCUCUGGCCAUAGUCAGCCCAGUGAGUCACCGCGCUCCGGGCACCUGAAUGGUAACGGAGGCAUACGUGACUCCGCCGGCGGCAGGCAUCCGCCCGCCCUGCUCCGACAUGCCACGCCCCACUUGCAGCCCAAGACGGAGUCCGUCUCCGACGGAGACGGCGACGCGGAGCUCUCCGACUUCUCGUUGAACGACACGGAGGAGGACGAGGAGGACCUUCGCGACUACAUCGUUCUGAAUGGCAACCAGGCGGAUGGAAAUCGCUCACUGUCCAGUUCGCCGCGCAGUCACUCCCGCAACGGACUGCUGACGGCGCCGGCCAGCUCGGGAAGCUCAGUCGGCGGAAGCGGCGGUGGUGGAGGCACUGGCUCCGGCGGCAAUGCAUCCAGUGGCGGUGGAGCCACUGGCGGCGUGCGCAAGGUGUUUACCAACACAAGGGAGCGAUGGCGGCAGCAAAACGUGUCCGGCGCCUUUGCGGAGCUUCGCAAGCUGGUGCCCACGCAUCCGCCGGACAAGAAGCUGUCCAAGAACGAGAUCCUGCGCUCGGCCAUUAAGUAUAUCAAGCUGCUGACGGGCAUCCUCGAGUGGCAGCAGCGACAGGCGCCCUCGCAUUCGAUCAGGGCUCAACUGGAGCCGAACAACAACGACAAUAGAAUGGCCAACGGUCAUGCGGCGGACGUGGAGCUGGACAACCCAGAUGUGCCGCCUGUGCGGCACAUCAAGUGUGAACGCACCGACGGCCAGAUGCAGCGGAAUGGACACGGUCACGGACACGGACACGGAAACGGGAACACGGGCAACGACCUGCUUAUGAUUGCGCCGGGAGCCAUUGUCAAAAGCGAGCUCCUUCUGGAGUCACCACUGCCACUUGGACAUCCGCUGACCGGGCCACCCCUGCAGCUGGCCACUGCUCCGCUGUCCAUGGCGGAGACUCGGAUCAGCGGCACCGCAUCCGGCGUAAAGUCGGCCAGCGGGCGGAGCAGCAAGCGACGCCUCAAGCCGGAAGGUGGGGCCACCGAUCUCAGUCUGGGUAAACGCCGCAGGACGUAG